AUUAAUUAAGGGACAUCAUUAAUUAAGCAUUUUAAUGUAUGAUGUAAGUGCCAGUUUAUGAAAGCAAUUUUGAGUUUGCCUUUAAGCUGACCAAAUACUGCCACAUAAUAUGGUUGCAACCUUUGUGAUGUGUAUGGAGGGAAUGAUUAACAAUACCUUUGUCAUGACCAUGAUCAACUGCCUCCAAGGAUACGUGAGAAUAUGAUUAUCGCACUGUAAAAGCACUGGGUUUUCUUUUGAAAAAGAAGUGUGAUUCUAAGUAUGUUUUUCAAAACUUGUAAGUACGAAUCUACAUUUAUCCAGCCCCUUUUUGCUGCUAGCUCCAGACUUCUAUUGGGGGCUUCGUUGAGAAUAUGAUCUUUGUAGUGAACAUGUGAAAAAACAAAUACUGGAGGUAUUCUAAUUCCAGACUCUGUUAUUAUUGAGGUGCUAGCUCUCCCCCUUUCUCUCGAGACUAUCUGCCCUACUUGUUUUUGUAAUUUUUCAGCCAUAACUUUAGGAGCAUUCAUUACUGUAGUGACUCCUGACUUGCCCCCAUUUAAAACACAAUCUGGUAAAAAAAAGUUUCCUGAUCUACAAGUUAUAAAACUUAUUUACAGUUACUUUAGAAAAUCUAAUGUAAUAGGUCUUGCCACACUUGUAUUUUCUGGUUUUCGCAACAAAAUGUUUUUAUGUCGACCCUUAAAACCAUACUCCCACUCCACCCCUGCUAUACAUUCUACAGCUCACUAUUGAAGAUAGCUGCAUCCUGACAUCAUCCCGGGCUGAGCCCGAUGUGCCACCACCUUUCCCCUUGCAUGCUGCGAGCCCCCUCCUUCCACCACCACCCUCUACGACCGCCCGCCGAAGUGUGUGUGCGUGCGUGUCGGCCAGUGCCCGCCAAUGUGACGUCAGUGCUCCGCUCCCGAGAAUUGCCGAGCGAGGACGAACUGUCAGUGAGUCGCGAGCGCUGCGAGAGGAAGGAGCUUCAUCCACCUGUCAUCGUAUUUCGAAGGUUUUGAGUGAUAAAGGGGGAAAUGGGCCUCGCCACACACGGGCUACGUCAACGUCACUGCCCUGAGAACAGAGUAGCUGGGUCCACUUGCCCAAUAUGCAUGUGGUGGCACCCUAAACUUCGACGAACACUUCAACCCCCAUUGCGGUAGCAAAUGGCGCCCGUCAGCGUGUGGCGAGGCAAGUGAAAGAUCAGUAAACGUGUACUCGUGCGAUUGUUGCGGAGCCGAGAGCACCGAAUGUGGGUAACAAGACUGAUAACGUGGCCACUUCGAGCGUGUGGGAUUGUUGAGUUGAGUCUUUGUGAACAGUGUGCAAGGGAAUGGCGGACAACAAUGAAAUAAGUGUCGGGGCAGAUAGAGUGAAAACUGAGUUCAUGUUAGACAUUAAUAGCAUGUACUGUGUAACAUGUGUAGAUGGACACGUGCGUGUGUGCAAAGCACCGAAACACACAACCAUGGCGUUGCUUGGCAAGGAAAUGCUGCAGGACUAGAACAGUUUAAAUGCAGUGACCUGCUGUAGGUCUAACAUGCUAGGAGGUAUGGUGCUGGAACUGCCGGACCUUUAAGCACUUGCAAUGUAUGUCCAGAGAAGAACAGAAUUCUUUUGGGAUAAUUGGUACUACUGUGCAGCAUGUAAGGACGUAGCUCAUGGGAAGCGGGGACUGACAUCCCCGGUUUUGGCACGUGCCAAAGCGACACCUGUGGGACAGUCGAACUGCCUGAAUUCGUGGGACGAACGUGACGACCUGGGACACAUGCACAAAAACUGCGAACAGAGCCAAAUAAACCGUUGCGUUGGGGCUACCAGCGCGUCCUUUUAAACGACAACACAUCACAGUUCUUGGGACGGAAGUGGAAGGAAUAUUAUGUGGAAAAUGGCGGGUUACACCGCAUACCACCCCCGAACCAAACCCACUGAAAGACAUAAGAUAUAAUGAUGCAGCUGAGGCUCAGACUGGCGGAAGAUCACACGCAGUGGGAUACUCGCAUUCCAUACAUCACCUACUGCCUAUGAUGCCGCAUCAGCACAGUCACCGGCGAAUCCCCAGCUACCCUCGUUUAGGGGCGAAAUAUCCCCCUACCCGGCCAAUACCGAGUGCAGGACGGGCAAAGAGAAGACUCUGAGAACACCCCGAUACCGUGCAUGCGUGGCAUCGCGAGGCUACAUGAUGAAGCCCGGCGCAGGCAAGCGAAUUACCAUCCAGGCGCAUAAUACGUCUGUCACGACACGACCGCCACCGGCAUGAUGGUCUACGCACGCCUGCACGCGCUCUUGGACGGAAGCCGGAACUCUAGCGCGGGAUUCGCGCCCAGGUGGACCGGACCUGUUCCUGUGGAACGAAUGCUAGGACCCACUGCGGUCAUAAUCAAGUUACCGAGUGUGUGUGCUACAUCUCUCCAUAGAUGGUAGAGACGCUCACUUGGAUAAGAAAUAUGCCGCACUGGCUGAGACCAACAUGGUGUAUAUUACAUUCUGUUAAUGCAACUCCUAGGCCAUGCUUUUUCUACUGGAAGCGGGACAAGGCCUGCGGAGGGGUCGGUACCCCUCGGCCCAUGGUUGGCUCGUGUGUAGCAAUGCCGCAGCCAGAAUUUCUGCCCCCUCCAGCACCACCCCGUCUUCCCUGUGUUGUUUCCAUUUGUGUACAGUCGGCUGCUUCCCCUGUGAGGUAGACGCCCUUGAUGUUGAGCCCAGCCUAUAGAAGUAGAGUGGACUCUAGGGCGCCAUGUGUGCGGCUGGAAAUGUGCCAAUACUGCCAACAACGAUUGGAGAAGAUAGGCUUUAUCUCGAGAACCACUUGGUGGACGAUUCUGCUAAGGUAGUUAGGCCACAAUCGCCGAAAACUUUUAUAAAUGUGUCUGCGAUAAUUUUUUUUAAACUCCCUUUCCUUCAUGGUGUUCUAACCUCUGAUAUACCAAAAUACCCGAUUCGUGUUCACUGUUCAGCUUUUGAGUAAUCGACUUCCAAAAAAUCCGUUUUAUUAGAUAACAUAUGAUAAUCUGCAUUAUUCUCAACAAUUCGUUCAUUUUGAACCGUUGACGAACGAUACAUCACUAUACAACAUAUGAAUCGAUAUACCUCGAUCGCAGUGUAAAAAUCGAUUGUUGCUUGUUUGUUACUGCGUGCUAAUGUUAUUGCUAAUUGUUUGUUGAUUGUUCGGUGUUAAAGAAGUUAUUGCAUUGUUCCUAGGCAGUGGGUAACAUUGCAGGAUUUAUUUUUGCUGAGGUUACCUAAGAAUUUACAAAAAAACGCGGAACACUUGCAAAUUGACAUGAGUUUAAACAAGUCCGUGGAAAAAGUUAAUAUUGACAAGCCCCGGUGGGAUCAAAGUACGUAUUGGGGCCGCGCUAAAUACUUUUUUUCAAUAACAUACCCUCUGAACGUAUUAGCUUCCAGUCAAGACCUAGAAAGGGCUAAAGAAAUAGUCCAGAAAUACAGGAAAGACGGAGACCUGGGCGGCGUGUCGCUGGAGGAGCUGUGGCGGGCCAAGGAGCUGUACGACUCUGCCUUCCACCCGGACACCGGCGAGAAGAUGCUGCUGAUUGGCCGCAUGUCCGCCCAGGUGCCCGUGAACAUGGCAAUCACCGGCUGCAUGAUGUCCUUCUACAAGUCGACGCCUGCCGUGGUGUUCUGGCAGUGGGUGAACCAGUCGUUCAACGCAGUCGUCAACUACACCAACCGCAGCGGCAGCUCCCCCAUCUCCAACAAGCAGCUCGUCACGUCGUACGUGCUCGCGACGGGCGGUGCGCUGGUGACGGCGCUCGGUCUCAACAGCCUGGUCAAGAGCGCUCCCCCCUUGAUUGGCAGAUGGGUGCCGUUUGUCGCGGUCUCUGCGGCCAAUUGCAUCAACAUCCCUCUGAUGAGACUCCAGGAGCUACAGAACGGCGUGCCGGUGUCUGACGAGCGAGGCAACGUGCUGGGCAGCUCCAAGGUCGCAGCACGGCAGGGCAUCACGCUCGUCACCCUGUCCAGGAUCGGCAUGGCCAUGCCCGGCAUGGUGCUGAUCCCGGUGGCGAUGAACGCGCUGGAGCGGCGCCGGGCCCUGGCGCGGGCGCCCUGGGCCGCCGCCCCGCUGCAGGUGCUGCUGGUGGGGGCCUGCCUCACCUUCGCCACGCCCCUGUGCUGCGCGCUCUUCUCGCAGCGGGCGUCCCUGCCCGUCGCCAGCCUCGAGCCGGACCUGCAGGAGACCAUACGCAAGUUGCCAGACCCGCCGACCACGGUCUACUACAACAAGGGCCUAUAGGGAGUGCUGGCCGUCUCCGUAACCUGUAACCUGUAACCUGCUAGUCAUGUGAGGAACUAUCCUGUUAGUUGGGUAACUGUUGCUUUAGACAUGUGUAGGCUCGAAGCCAGUUUUUUAUUAUUUUUUAAAUAAUUUUUAUUAUUGACCAUACAUGUUUGCUACGUGCACAAAUUUUUUUGCUCUUAGCGUACAAACAUGUUCAAUUUAAUUAUGAAACUACAAUGAAAGGUCUUUAAUUGGGCACAUACAGGACCCCUGGCCAUGGCAUAUUGGAGAUAUAGUUUGUUGUGGGAAUACCAAAUCAGGUUAUCCGCACAAAUCCAUCUUUUACCCUGACCAUCAAUUACCAAAAAUUUAGCUAUUUUUUUCCAUUGUCAAGGUAUUUUGCUAAUUUUUAGUGACUGGAAAAAUUCAAGGAUUCACUUUGUGAUUUGCCUAAAUUCAUGUAACUGUACUUUUACGCAGCCCAAAUCAGUAGCUCUCAAAUUAUCUGAGGGAUUCUGCGCCAAUAGGAAACCUCCAACAAAAGAAGUAUUGAAUCACUGGUUACUUAUUAGAUGGAACGUUUAUGAAGACAGAACCCAUUGGCCAAUCAUGCAAGGGUUUGUAGUCUGUCCUGAAGGUCAACGAACCCACAAAUUUUUUUCCCGGUAUCUAAUGAUUUGUCAUCGUACUUGAAAUAUAGUUAGGGACUAGAAGACUUCGCGGGUCCAAUGAUGCAUGAGAGUCCUCUUCAUAAUCAGGCAAAUGUUUAUUGGCUACUGGCAACAGAGAUGUCUUCAACAUUUGGUCUCUGAUUGGACAUUUCUCCGCUUGAACUGUUAGCUGAUAGCAGACUCAGCACAAUGGUGUGAGUAUUUAAAUUCUAGCCUAUCUCGAAAUGAAUCCGGGAAUUAUUCCCGUCUCUUAACAAUUUAUGUCGUUUGUGAUUUGCUGAAGAAAUGAAGCCUAUCUGGCUCUGAAUCAUGUUUAAAAGAAAUAAAUCAAUAACAGAACCUUGCAGACGCUAUUUUAUAGUACGCGUCAGGAUAUCGAUGACUUUUCCGGGAUUAAAAGUAAAUUCCGUGACUACUUCUAACUUAAUUGACUUCCUGAAUGUGGAUAUCCUGCAAAUGUGAAACGGAACCCGCAAUCAAACAGGGAAUGCUUUACUGAAAAGUAAAACAGACAGAAACUAUAAAAAACGGAGCGAAUUCAAAAGCCUGGCAGAAGGUAAACAACGGAAAAAGUACACGAGUGACUCGAUUUGUGCCAAAACAUGGAAUACCUGAUUAAAGACCUUCUGUUGAGGUGGAAGUGGUGCGGAUGUAGACUAGUGGUUCUCAAACUUUUUAAGAUAAGGUGCAUUUAAAAUACUACAAAUAAUUAUAAGCACAAUGUUUACAAAUUUUUUUAAGAAUGUGUUAUACAGUAAAACCCCUUAUUUGCACUUUUCAGGGAACCCCAAGGAAAAAGUGUAAAUUGCGGGAAAGUGUAAAUUGUGGGAAAGCACUUUUAUUGGCAGUUAAUGCUAAAUUUUAGCUUAAAAAAAUGUAUCAGCAUUUACUGGUGCUACAAGACAAACAAUAGUUGUUUACAACACAUUUAGGGCACUGCAAAAAUAUAAUUUUCUUAAAUAUAAAAAACAAUUCAACAUAAAGCCUACAUUAAAUUUUCUCUAGUACUGUUUUAUAGGUAUAGUAUAAAUUCAACGCAUUGGGCAGCAUUUGCUUCAAUAGAACACCUAUUUUUAAUUAUUGUGUUUAAAGUACUAACAGGAAUAUUCAGUUCCUUGGCCAAAACCACUCGGGUACCCACAUGCUUGUCAAACUUCUCAAUAAUUUUAAUUUUAUCUUCAAUAGAUAAAGUAUUUCGUGGAACUUUAUACCUAUCCAUCUUCAAUCAAAAUCUUGCCAUAAAUAAUAUUGUGAACGAUAAAAAAACACGUGCUAACCAAAACGGACGUUGACUAAUGUAAACAAUGAAAGCCAUCAUAGAUAUGUACUGUACAUAAUGCAGCACUACUAAAUAUACGUACUGUGUAUGAGCGCUUUCCGGUAGUAUCGAUAGCUCAGCGCUUCGGACUAUGCUCUGCUACGAGAGUGCUCUAUGACACCAUAAAUAAAACCGUUUGUGGUUCUGCUACGAAAGUUCUCUAUGGCAGCAAAGAUUAAAACGUUAGUAGAGGAGAGGCACCAUAGAACUUGUCGAUACAUCAAAACGAAAGGUUACAGACAAUAGGCGAACUACUUCAAACCUUUCACAUCUAUGACUAACGUGACGAGUAUUUACAUUUUUACCGUGUUUUGAAACGUACAUUCCGGGUUUUUUUGGUUAUGUAGCGGUGUAAUUUCAGGGAAAAUGCAACACGAAAGUUAAUGUACAAUAAAACGGACCUACAUAAAAUGACGUUAUUUGCGGGAAAACGUAAAUAACGAGAACGUAAAUACGAGGUUUUACUGUAAUUAGGGACAAGAUUACAUGGUGAAUUGUGAUAACGCAAUAAAACCUAUAACACCAUUGUAACUAAAAAUAUAGAUACAAUGAGCAAUUCGACAAAACAUAACUCGGGUGUUAUCUUUUUAUUAUAAAAUGGAUUAAUUUUAUCAUGAAUUUUGUACCAGAGUGUAUGAACUAAAAUGAAUUGGAAAAAAUUAAUAUUACAUUGUUUGAUCUUGCUAAACAAUUAGUAGGAAUUUAUGUUUUUACAUUAAUGACAUUGGCACAUUUUUCAAACAUACAAAAAAAAAUUGCCUAUUGAUAUUUCUUUCUCUGAGUAGUUAUUCUCUAGACAUGCUUAUUACGAAUGAUUUUAGUGUGUAAGUGAAAUAUGUGUUAUUCAAAAUUAGACUGUUUUGGUGACAUGUAAGUAGAUACUAAUCAUUUUGUUUUGUUUCAUUUCAUAUUUAUUUGUAAAGAAAAGUGAAUAAUUCAACAAGGCCAAGGUAUAAAAACACCAUACAUUCUUAUCCUUAGUUAUAAUUAUUUCACAUAUUACAGAAAAUAAUGAAACCUACUGUAAGUUUGCAUGAGCAUGAAGUUGUACAAAUAAUAAUGUGUUAACAAAAAGAGGGGUAUGUCUGUAAUGAAAUGGUAUAAUAGAGUAACUACAAUUAUUUUUAUAUGCCACAGGGUGUGUGUACCCUUUGAGAACCACUGGUGUAGGCAGUAAGCAAAUGUUAAUUUUUAAAAAAAAAAAAUACGUUGUACAGAAGUGCUGUUGUUAUUAGUAGCACGUGUGUAUAUAGUUCGCAGCGUGCAUCAUCAAUUACCUAAUCAUUGUUGACAAUGACAAUAAAAAUUGUGACCAGAGUACGUCAAAUUCGACUCAACAAAAAACACACAAAUUCCAAACUGGGAAUAAAAGUAAGUUAAAAUGUUCAGAGUUGAGUUGGGUUGUAAUUACUACUAUAUAAAAUGUAUUAUUACAUGUUUAUUGUGAAGAAUGAGUAUGUAUUGUUUGUUAAGCAUUCCUAAAUGUGUAUCUAUAUUUUUGUUGACCAUAAAAUAUAUCUAUGGUGUUUGAUUUAACAAUGUUCACCUCAUUUCUCUGCUAAGCUAAUACAAAGGUUUUGGUCAAUGCAGC